AUGUCGUUUAAAGGGUUCAAAAAGACCCUUGUGAGGGCCCCCCAAAAUUUUCGCCAGAAAUUGAACAUGGGUGAUGUCACUUCUGAUGCUGUUUACGCUGAUGCUGAAAGAAGAUUCAAAGAAAUCGAAAUUGAAACCAAGAAGUUGUCUGACGAGUCCAAGAGAUAUUUCACUGCCGUUAAUGGUAUGCUUGACUAUCAAAUAGACUUCUCGAAGGCCAUUGAGGAAAUUUAUAAACCAAUCAGUGGUAGAUUGUCUGACCCCUCUUCUACUGUGCAAGAGGACAACCCCGAAGGUAUCAAGGCUUCCGAGCAAUAUAGAGAGGUUGUCAAAGAAUUGAAGGAAACGUUGCAGCCAGAUUUGGAAUUGAUAGAAAAGAGAAUUGUGGAACCGGCGCAACAGUUGUUGAAGGUCAUCCAGGGAAUUAGGAAAAUGGCUACCAAGAGAGAACAUAAGCAAGUUGAUUUAGACAGACACAAGAGAAAUUACAAGAAGUACGAGGAAAAGAAGGAACGUACACCUAAAGAUGAAGAAAGAAUGUACGCGGCCGAUGCUGAGGUCCAGGUUGCUCAACAAGAGUAUGACUACUACAAUGAAAUGUUGAAGGGAGAAUUGCCUAUAUUGUUUCAAAUGCAAUCAGAUUUCAUUAAACCGUUGUUUGUAAGUUUCUAUUACAUGCAAUUGAACAUUUUCUACACCUUAUACACCAGGAUGGACGAAAUGAAGAUUCCUUACUUUGAUUUGAACAGUGACAUUGUUGAAGCGUAUACCUUGAAGAAGGGUAGCAUCGAGGAACAGGCAGAUGCCAUUGGCAUAACACACUUCAAGAUCGGCCAUGCUAAGAGCAAGUUAGAGGCGGUGAAGAGAAGAAAUCAGUUGAUGACUGGUGGAGCUCCCGGAGCAUAUGGAGCAUACGGCUCCCCAACUUCUCCAGCUGCUGGAUCCCCUGUAGCACCUCAGUAUGGAGCUUACGGCUCACCAGCUUCUCCAGCAGUGGGAACUGCAGAGACUGCUUUACCAACUUAUACCAGCGGUCAAUAUGGAAAUCAAUAUGGUACUGAUCAAAAGGCAACCUACACACCUCCAGGAGCUUCAGCAGUACCAGCGUAUGGAGCACCAUCCCCUGCCGGAUAUGCAGCUGCCACGCCACAAUACACUGGGACACCAGCAUACGGUACCCCCCAAUCCACAGGAACCGCUGCAACACCAGUUUCAGCACCAAUUCCACAGCCUGUCGUUCCAGCAGCACCAGCAUCAACAGCUACUUGUACUGCAUUAUACGACUACAAUGCCCAAGCGCAAGGCGAUUUAACAUUCACUGCUGGAUCGGUUAUUGAAAUAGUUGAAAGAACGGCUGAUGUCAACGGAUGGUGGACAGGAAGAUUAAAUGGCCAGACAGGAGUUUUCCCAGGAAACUAUGUACAAUUGAAUUAG